AUGAAAGUAUUAUUCAUUGCAUUUUUCAUUUGUUGUGCAUUAUCAGAAUCAUUUAUUAUGAAUUUAGAGUCUGAUCUCAAUGGAGAGCCUGUACUGUUUGAGGUAGUUGAAUUUGACAAAUGCUAUUUUGUAGAUCAAGAGAUAUCUGUAACCUUUAAACAUGAAGGUGAUAAAAUUAAAGGUAUAACCUACAGUAAAUCAACAUCUUGUUCUGGUAAGAGUGUUUCUGAAAUAUUAAGUAAAGGAUCUAAGGUAUGGGACUUAUUAUGUAGUGAUUAUAGUAAGUGUAUAGUUGAAAUUAAACCAACUCCAAAUUAUCUUGCAUUUGGUGUAUUUACUGGGGAGGAAGAUGAUAAUUGUAUACAAAAGGAUAAUGUGAUUGGUAUAUAUAUUGCAGGUGGUUGUAUGGCAACUGAAGAAAGUUAUAAUAAAUAUGAAGUUGAUAAUGGAAAUUUAUAUUUUAACAGUUAUCAAAGUAACAAAUGUGAUGACAUAGAAAGAGAGCUUCAUGAAGUAGUUGGAAAGUGUAACGUUUGUAAUGAUGGAGUUUAUUACCAUUGUAAUUCAGGACCUUCAGGUGAAUCUAUUGGAUAUUCUAACACUAUUUCAGUAAUGGUUAUUUUCUUAAUUACAACUCUUGCAUUCUUUGCGUAA